AUGAUUGUUUGGGUUUUUGCCAAAAUUUGGAGUUGGUCUGGAGAUGCAAUAAAGAAUGAAUUGGCUGCAAGCAAUGUGCUUAUGAUGCUGGGGUUCAUAGAGUUAUGUUCAAUUUUGGAGCCAGGAAGACCUCCAACAACAGACAAGAUCAUUCUUCUGAAUGACGCAACUCGUGUUCUGAAACAACUGUUUCUUGAAACCAAAAGACUGAAAGAAUCAAAUGAAGCAAUUCAAGAGAGGAUAAAGUCCCUUAAGGCAGAGAAAUCAGAACUUCGAGAGGAGAAAGUGAGACUUAAAGCAGAGAAAGAGAAGAUGGACAAGACUUUGAAUGGAAUGGCGAUGCCAUCUCCUUUCCUAUUGCAUCCUGCUGCAUUCCAUACACCUGCUGCUUUUUCUACCGCAGGCAAGGCUGUUCCAUAUCAGAUAAAUUACUCGCAGCCGCCCAUAGCUAUGUGGAAAUGGAUGCCACCAGCAUCUUUGGAUACUUCACAAGAUCAUGUCCUUAGGCCGCCUGUUGCGUAGGCCUUUUUCCUUCUUGUUACCAACUACGUUUCCUCUAAUGCAUUUACAAAAAAUUUCCAAAUGCUGCUUCUACCAGCAGUUAUUCUUUAUGUACUUGGUCUGUAUGUUAUAUCCCAGAAUUUGACCUACGAUUAUAUAAGUAUAUAAUCUUUGAAUUUAGAACUAAUCUCUUGUGUGUUUCAGCUUGUUGAACACAAAUUGCAGAUAACAAGCAAUGGUAAUUGUAAACAGUUUUGCA